AUGGCGCCCUUUACAGUGUCCAAGAAAUCAAGAAGCGCAUUUUCACCGCCUCGGCCGGGGAGGUCAAAGAAUACCAAAUCGACGAAAGAGAAGGGCGCAAAUACAAAGAACGCAGCCAGAGAUGGUUUAGGCGGAGUGGGAAACUCAAGAGUCCACAAACAGCAGGGGAAAGCCAAGGUAGGACAGAGCCAGAAGCGAUCACGAAAGCCGAAUCGAAAAGAUGCAGCGGGGACGAUGAGGGCCAUUCUAGGAGAGGCAAGCCCAGAUUCCGACCCAGAAGACGAGGAUGAAGACCACGAGACUAUGGACGCCGCGGUCGACGAGGAUGAGAAUCUUGAAGAUGAGGACGACGACGACGACGACGACGACGACGACGACGACGACGACGACAAUGAUGAUGAUGACGACGAUGACAAUGCACAAGAAGGUGAAGACGAAGAGGAAGCCUCCCUGGCUCCGGACCCUGAUCUCAAUAUAUCUUCGCCCGAACCCGAUUUCAUUCUCGCCGAAGUCACAACGAAACCCAACACGAGUUCAACAUCUGCCGCUGCGGAUCCCGCUAUACCUCUGCCGCUCAUACACAGGAUAAUGCACACACAUUUCUCAUGCCCUGAGCGGACGUCUCUCUCUUCCGAUGCGAGACACUUGAUCGGGAAAUACGCCGAGAUCUUCGUUAGGGAAGCGAUCAGGCGGUGCGUGGAUGACAAACGAGAGCGUGCCGCGCACGGCAACGGCAACGGGAGUGGAGCGCGCGACGGUGGUGUUGUGGUAGGGGAUACGGGGUGGCUUGAGGUCGAGGACCUAGAGAGGAUUGGCGUACAGUUGUGUUUGGAUUUCUGA